AUGCUUUUAUUCGACGGCUCUGAGGUGGCACAGCCUACCCAACAGAGAUUCAUGAGAGAACUCGAAAGAUUUGCCGACAAAAUCCGACAUGUGACGGAGAGUUCACCUUCCCCUCCGGACUGGUUUCCAUGGCGAAAGGACCCGAUUCGAAUUGCGAUACUUGAUACUGGCAUCGACGUAAAACAAGAUAUGCUGAUGAGGAUUGCACUGGAAACGAAGUGCAUCCAGGAGUGCUGUGGAUUCGUGAUCGAGCGCGACUCGAAUCCGGAUCCCCACGACUUCCAAGACCUCAACGGCCACGGGACACACGUUACUAGGUUGGUAUUGAACGCGGCCCCGUCGGCAGUAAUUUUCAUAGCCAAAAUUUCCGAUGAGAUAACCAUUGGGCCUCAGAAUAUGCACCGCAUCGCAAGGGCCAUCAACUGGGCCACCGAGAAAAAAGUCAAUAUAAUUUCGAUGUCCUUUGGACUCGAUUGCCGAGACAGCGAUAUUGACCAGGCCAUCCACGCGGCAGUAAAUGCGAACAUAAGCAUAUUUGCUGCAGCUUCCAACGAUGGUGGCAACAAGCCGCGCGUGUACCCAUCUAGUAGGAGUCAUGGGGUUCUGUGUAUCCAUGCCAGCGACGGUCUGGGCAAUGAUGGAGGAAUCAGCCCCACGCCACAAAGGCGCAAGGAUAACUUCUCAACUUUGGGUAUCGGCAUCCCAUCGAAAUGUAAAGGGAUCCCUACCCAUAUUUCUGGAACAUCAUAUGCCACGCCUAUUGCGGCCGCUUUUGCUGCGGACGUGCUUGAAUUUGCCCGACACAAGUGUGAUCUAAGUGAGCAUGAAACAAAGGUGUUAUGUCACUUUGAUGGCGUUUCUAAGAUCCUCCGGCUCAUGGUCGAACAAGAGGUUGAGACGCGCGGUGGUUACGAUUAUGUCAUGCCGUUUCAUUUAUGGACGACAAACAGGUCGGAUGUUCAAGUCGCCGAAAUGAUAACCGAAAUCGUCAAUACUUAA